ACCUGUCGCCCGGUACUAUCCCCUCUCCGGAGGCCCUUCCUGGACACUUAGUGCUGGCCGCUGUGGCCUGGUGCAUCUGUGGUGCGGUGAGAGCCAUAGUGAGGACUCGUGAUUCCCAGGAAGCUGGAGAUGGGAUCAGUGUCCUUUGAGGAUGUAGUGGUGGACUUCACCUGGCAGGAGUGGCAGGACCUGGAUGCUGCUCAGAGGACCCUCUACAGGGAUGUGAUGCUGGAGAACUACAGCAGCCUGGUGUUCGUGGGGCACUGUACAAACAAACCUGAGUUGAUCUUCAAGUUGGAGCAUGGAUUUGGGCCUUGGAGUAAAGCAGAAGCCUCAGUCUGGAAUUUUCCAGAUGUUCAAAAAGUAUGUGUCCCGAUUGAGACCAUCCAAGAAAAUGAAGAGAGACAGUGGUGUGAAGUGAAGACCACCAGCAGCGAUAUACCAAAUAAAAAGAUGGCUGAAGCACAACUAAAGGUUCAACAGAAAAUCCAGCAAGGGGAAAAAACAGAUUCAUGUGUCAAAACACACUGCCACAGGCCACAGCACAAGAGCCACACAUAUGGGAAACACUAUGAAUGUAGGGACUGUUGUGAACUUUCCCAUGAGAAGUCAGUGCUCACAGAACAGCAGAGAACUCAAACUGAAGAGAAGAUCUAUGAGUGCAAAGAAUGCAGGAAGGGUUUCUACCACAAGUCACACCUCUUUCGACAUCAGAAAAUUCACACGGGAGAGAAGCCCUAUGAAUGUGAAGAAUGCCCAAAAGCCUUCUACCACAAGUGCUAUCUCAUCCAACACCAGAGAAUCCAUACAGGAGAGAAACCCUAUGAAUGUGAAGAAUGUAAGAAAGCCUUCCGCCGCAAGUGGCUUCUAACUUUACAUCAGAGAACUCAUACAGGAGAGAAGCCUUAUGGAUGUAAAGAAUGCAAGAAAGCCUUCUACCACAAGUCCCACCUCACUCGACAUCAGAGAACCCAUUCGGGUGAGAAGCCCUAUGAAUGUGGCGAAUGCAGGAAAGCUUUUUGGCAGAAAUCAAACCUUACUGCACACCAGAGGGUUCAUACCGGUGAGAAGCCCUACGAAUGUAAAGUGUGCAAGAAUACUUUCUACAACAAGUCAAACCUCACUUUGCAUCAGCGAAUUCACACAGGUGAGAAGCCUUAUGAAUGUAAAGAGUGCUGGAAAGCCUUCUACAGCAAGUCAAAGCUCAGUCGACAUCAGGCAACUCAUACAGGUCACUGCUUCUGUCAACUACAGUCCGCCAUGGGAGGAAACUUCCUCUUUACAGUGGUGUACCACAAAGCCUCAUAACCACCUGAACUCCUGAGACUAAGUGACUAUUGUGACAUUCUGAUCCAAUGCUCAAUCACAGAUGGAGGAAAAUAAUCAGACAUCUAUGUCAUCCAUCUAAACCUCAGGGAAUGUUCUGGAAGAGGUGGCUUGAAAGAAUGUAAGAGCUGUAGGAAGAUUGGAGUAUUUCAUAUCAAUAUCCUCUGAACUGAAACAUUUCCAUCCUGGAGGGAGGCUCAUUAGUUCUCAGGAAGUAAACUCACAAGUGUCAGAAAGUCCCUGAAACUUACAAGAUUUACCAGGUCCCUUUCUCUCUGAGGUAAUAUAGGCAGUAUCAAACACUAAGGAGAAGAGGCUGAGUAGUUGAGAUGUCUGGAAGACACUGAUCUGAUGAACUGGCUGCAGGUUACUCAGAGAAAUCUGGGGCUGUAGCUUUUGUGAGGUUUUCCCCAUGCUGGUGUGGGCUUGCCAGUGGCACAUCUGCCUUUGAGUUGUCCAUGCUCAUGUAAGUCUCUCAUUACUCAGGCAUCUUUAAGUAAUCCUAGUAAUCUCAUUUGUUCAUCAAGUUGGAUUUAGUCCAUUGUUAAUGCCCUGCCUAACAUGAAUGAAUGUUUAUUUUGUAUUUCCCCAGGGAAAGUCAGAAACAGCAUGUGAAGAUGAGCCUGCUUAACCUGAACCUGAAAUGCAUCAGAAUCUGUCCAGAGUAUGGAGAUGGUGUGAACCCCUACUGAUCACAUCCAUUGAUAGAGAUGUGUGGGCAUAUGUCUUAGUUAGGGUUUCUACUGCUGUGAAGAGACAUGACCAUGAUAACUCUUAUAAAGGAAAACAUUUAAUGGGGUGCCUUGCAGUUUCAGAGGUUUAGUCCAUCGUCAUCAUAGGGGGACAUGACAGUGAGCAGGCAGACAUGGUGCUGGAGCUGAGAGUCCUACAUCUUGAUUGGCAGGUGACAGGAAGUGAACUGAGACACUAGAUGUGGCUUGAGCAUAUAUGAGACCUCAAAGCCCACCCACACAGUGACACACUUCCACCAACAAUGCCAUAUGAAUUCCAACAAAACUAAACCUCCUAAUAGUGCCACUCCCUGUGAGCUCAUGGGAGCCAAUAGCUACCACAGUGUAUAACCUCUAUUCUCUCCAAUCAGUUUAAUAAACAGUCCAAGUCCAUAGGAUGUUAGCAGUAAAUAAUUAAUUAGUGGCAGCUCAUGUUUUGCUUGAGUUCUUUCAUUUUUGUUUGUAAUUCUCCUAACACAGUAGCCAUGUUUUAAUGUAUGAGCUCUUCUCAUUAGCAGUUUUUAUGUUUGCCUGUCAUUUUGUCCCUCUUACUUCCUGUCACAGGGUGAGACAGUCAGCCAGAGUAGUGGAGCUUUGAAAGAAACUUUGAGACAAACAUGUUUGGGUCUGAAGUAAGCGGGCCCAGUGGUAGUGCAGAAGCACCAACUGUAGGGAUGCAGAGGAAUGAAUGGUUAGCACAGAACUUUUCAUCUUCUGAAUUUUCAAUGGAGUCAGAAGACUGGGAUCAAGGGAGCCAAAGGUGGAAGGCAGAGCUCCAUUACAUCAUUUCAUUUCUUUCUGAAAGAGCUGUCUGUCCUGUGCUGUCUCCUUGUACCAAUAGGGCACAAAUCAUUUGCAAUGGCCAAAUACUAAGGUGAAAAAACUACAAAGAGAUCAGACAUUUAUGUGAUCACCUCCACCUGCUGAGGAGCCUGUCUGAAAGAACAUAAACAUCUUCCCAUUGCUUCCUGGGCAAUACUCUCAGCCAGUAACAGUGUUUGUCUAUACAUACUGACAGCUCAAAGAAAUCUCGCUUUUGUCCUCUCUCCCAGGAUGCUUUUGGCAUUGUUUACAAUCUGCACGUGUGGCCUGCCCUUUGCCCUAGCAUCCAGGAAUGGGUCCCUUGCAUGAUUUAUAAUUUUGUUUUUACUUCCUUCUUGCAUUAUGAAAAAAGAAGUUCUUUAAAGAAAAAAAUUCUCAAUUCUUAGUUUUGUCCCUUUAAACAAAAAUUCAAACUUUUUAAACUAUUGCUGUUUGACAGAUUGCUUUACCAUGAUUUCCUAUUUUAAAACUAUAAAGACUUUGAGUAAAAAAUCAGAUCUAAACCAUAAGUAUACUUAUGGGAGGCUACAGUUUCAAAACUUAUGUUCAAAUUAUUUGCAAAUGAGUUAAAAUUCUGGAGCUUGGGUAUGUCCUGAACAAUGCCCAUAAGUCAAAAUAAUUGUUUCUCAUAAAACAUCACUGGAUGCUUAUUUUAUAUUUAAAGUCAUGGUGUGUAUUUAAGAAUUGAGAGCUGUGAUAGAGCCUAGGGAUUUCCUCAGUUCACAGAGACUGACCUAACAUGUAAGAGGGCUUGGGUGUCAUCCCCAGGCCACACACACCCAGCAGGGGUGAGGUUGGGGCAUACCUUUAACCAGUAGUUCAGAGGUUGAAGCUUGAGGACACAGUGUUGUUCCAAUUCUCUCCUGGCCUUCCUGGAAACCACAGCUCCAAACACAAAAAUAAAGUUACAUGUUUGCUCUUCUAGCAUA